CACAAUGAUAUGCAGUACAUUCAAUUGUAAAAAGGAAAAAGGUCAUUAACUGAUUUUGUGUAAACAAAAGAGUAUAAUUUGUAAUUACAUGUAAAACAUAACAGAAUUUCAGUUGAAAAUAUCCGGUUAUUACAAAAUUUGUCUGCGUCACAUUCACACCUAAAAUGGAUCGGAUUUAAACCAAUUAAUCACUUUAGGAUUACCAUAACUAUCUUAGCUGUUCCAGGGAAGUAUAUAAACAUUUCUGUUUGUGCACAGUACUCUUUUUAGUGUAAAUGCUACAAUUCAAAAUGGAGCGUGUUCAAGAGAGAUCAGUACAAAUGGGUGCAAGUGACAGAGACUUAGAACCAGGAGCAGUAAAUGGAAAUGCUCGACAAGAAGAUGAACAUACCCAUUUGAAUACACAUAGUUAUGAUCAGGGUAGAGAGCUGAAUAGUUUAAAGACUUUGCUCAUUGAGCAGGAAGCUGUGUUUAGAACUGAACAAAUGAGUUUAGAAACAAGAAAGCAAACGGCUAAGGAAAGAGUAACUGACUUGUUUGAAAGUUUUCGUAAACUACUGGUAGAAAAAGAAACCGAGCUCCUUGACAAGAUUGACUCAGAAUACUCAAUAUCCGGAAGUUUAUAUAAUAUUGAAAGUGAUAGGCAAAGAGUAGAUGAUAUUGCAAGUGGAGUUGAGCGUGAAACCAAUAUUGAACAAGUAAGAGGCGAUAUUUAUAGAAAUAUAGAAAUGAGAAAUGAUAUUUUAAACCGGAUUCGUGUCCCAUAUUUAGCUCUAAACGAAGACUCGAUAAAUAUUGUCAAAAACCUCAGUUUUGGUGAGUUUUACGAGAAUAUUCCCGAAGAAAAUCACGAGACUGAAUCAGAUAAUGACAAUGUUGUGAAUGAAGCUGAUGAUAAACAAGAACCAGAUAAUAACUUAGUUGUAGGAAACAAUGCAAAUGUGGCCAGUAUGGAUGACAACAAUAAAAUUUGUGAACAAAAUGAACGUGGAAAUAAUUUAGCAGAGGGUAGUGCAGAUGAAAACGGGCAUUUUGAUGAAAAGGAGAGGGGUGCAUGUGGUACAACAGGUGAUGAAGUACGCCUUCCUACUGCCCCUCCUGCUGAACAAGAAGAAUCCCCUCCACCUUACUGGCAAGCUAUGGGGUUGGAACAACCAGAUUCUGGUGAAAGAAGCGUUGUAGUCCCUGGAUAUUAUGACAUUCCACAUUCACCAGUUAAUCAACUGCCUGAUACAUGUAACAAGUUGCAGUUGUGGCACUCAUUUCCAAUACGAAGGCAACACGAUCGACGGGAACCUUUAGCUGUUGGUUUGACAUGGAAUCACGAUCAAAUAUGUUUGGUAGACAGAGCGAAUAAUAAAAUUAAAUUUUUCUUACCUAAUGGCCAUUUAUUAGCAGAAAUGUUCUUUUGUGACACAGAAAUACGGGAUGUAGCUUUUCUCGAGGAAUGUCGAGAUGAAUCAAGAUAUGCAGUAACUAGCCCAAAAAGUAGAGAUCUGAUGAUUAUUAGUAUUGACGGAUGUCAUGUUACAAAAAUUGUCAAAAAGCUUACAUUUAAACAACAAUACUCGUGUGUUUCACGUGGACCAAAAGAACAGACGUUACUUGGUGUAGAAGUUGCUCAAAAUUAUGGUGCACCGGUUGUUAAUAUGUUCACAUUCACAGGACAAAUUUUAUUUUCCAUUGCCCAUACUCCUAGUUUUAAUAUUCUGCAAUAUAUAAAAAGUGUGAAGGUGUUUGGAAACAAAAUUAUAUUCCUAGAUUGGAAAUUGCACUCCGUAUCUGUAUUUGAUGAUAAUGGCCAGUCGCUGGGAGAGUAUCGUGGAACGCCAAACUUUCCGUUGAUAAAUCCACUAGAUAUGACGCUAGACAAUAAAGGAAACAUACUUAUUCUUAAUAAAAGAGAGUUCUCAAACAUACACGUCAUAGAUCAGCAUUGUAAUCUUGUGGAAAUCAUCAAACUUCCGGGAAACGUUUCGAGCGCAAAGUUGAUAUCAUUCGACACAGACACUCAGAAGCUCGCAAUGGAAAAAGAUAACGGUGCUAUUGCGAUAUUUACUUUCGAAAAUGGGUACGAUUUCCUACUACAGAGGAAUCUCCGCCAAAUUUUGGAAUGAAAGCGUACGUCGCCAAAGGACAGCGCGCGCCAGACGAACUUCCACUGGUAGAGCGGAUUUUGCCAAGCACCGUAGAAAUGUAUUACCAACAAGAAAUAGAAGCAGACUAGUACCAUACGGAAUUUUCUGAGUCGUAUUGAAUUGUACAUGAUGCAUUGUGUGAGACCUGUUUAAUUAUAACUUGACUUAUAUCUGACUUUUUACAGAUUUAAUUUUACAUAUACAAUGUACUUUUCAUAUCCAACGUAAAGCUUAUAAAAAAUGGCAAUUUGGCGUUCCCAAAAUAACACUGACAGUCCAGAACAGAUGUUUUUAGAGACACAAAUUUUGGUUUUGCAGCUGAGAGAGGUUUGAUUAACUGUACAUAAAGUCUUACUUUGAAAAGAUUUUUUUCCUGUUAUCUGGUUAUUGUAAAGAUUUUAUUGCUCUACAAUUUCUGCAGAUUUUUUUUUAUAAUUAUCCUUUCAAGUUCAAAUUCGAUUUGGCAUCUUCUAUCACUGUUUUACGUGGAUAUAAAAGUGGCUGUAAAUAAUAAGUGGUAAAACUAAUUUGUUUAAGUAUAUAUUACAAAAUAUGUCACUGGGUCAUUUUGGCUGAAUGAUAGAGCAUCGGAGUCCUAACCCGGAGGCCGUAUAUUCGAAUCCCACCAGUGGCAAGAUUCUUUUUCGACUUCUAAAUCAAAACUGGUUUUGUUACAGCCUACGACACAUAGGAAGAGCAAUCUUGUGUGUUUUCAAGAACUAUGACAAUGUCUAGGUCUCCAAUAAGGGUUCGAAGUUAAGGAAAAAAUAGUUCGAUAAGUGACUUAAUGCUUAUUCGUGUCGUGUAAAUUGAUUUUAACACGAUCUAGGGCAUCCAUGUAGAUAUAACAUUGGAAGACGUAGCCAUCUUUUCAUAUACAGCAAAUUAAAAAAAUGCCAAAACACUAAUAUUUUCAGCUAAUUUUUGUUUGUUUAUACUUAAUUAUAUUGUUCUCACGACUCAAAGACCUUCAUUAUUUGACUUUUUAAUACACCUCGAACAUGCAACUCAAAUAUAUUAGUGAUAAUUAUUUUGAUAGAUACUAUUGUUUUUAAGCUAUGUAUACAGAAGAUGUGUAACAAGAUACAACCGUCAUAAUGUUUUAUACAAGUAGAGGAACUUAAUAAACAUGUAUUAUUAUUUAUAUAAUAUAAAGUAUUUCAUCCUCUUUUUUUAAAAUUUAAACGCUGUUUGUUGUUGUUUAUUUUUAUUUGUCCCCUGUUUGAAAUACACAAGUUGCGAAAUUUCAUACCAAAACGUUGCGAAAUUUGAUAUCCGGUUUGUGUAAACUAAAAAUAAGCUAAUAUUUUACGGAUCACUCUAACAUAUAAUAGACAGUAUGUGCGGAUCGUGGUGGGUUGGGUGAGCGGAGGGGGGAAGGGGAGGGGGAGAUUUGCUUAAUAUAAUAUAAAAAAAAACAACAACAUCUCCGCCGCUCCGAAACUUGUCAAACAUGACAUGCACCAGAGACAAGAAUUUCCAUAUUAUACACAAAACAGCAACAUAUCUAAACGCGUAGACAACAUGUAUAUACUACCAUAUUUUUUCAUACAAGCAUUUUGGAAGUUUUCUUUAUUUACAAUUCAAACAAUUAAUUAUACAUGUAUAUGUAUAUUAUGUUACGUUAAUACACAAGUCAAGAUCCUAAUCCCCGUCCCCGCCGGAGAAUAGCGGAGACUUUGUCUUUUCAACUUUGCUAAAACAAUCCAUUACAAUAACAUUAUACUCGUUAACUUAAAUACGUUUUAAUGAUUUAUAUGAGAAGGGUAUACAUGUAUUGACAUUUAU